CAGGUUACUUGCCCCGCCGACCAUCUGCGCAGGCGCGGCUUCAGCCAACUGACGUAACAGAAUAAACAAAAACAAUGGCGGCAGCGAUAGCGUCGCACUUCCACAGCGAUGAAGAAACGGAGUUUUUUCUCUCGGUAAUGAAAGAGGCUGAAUAUCAACUUCGGCCCUGUGCUUCCCGACCGCGGUCUGGAAGCUUAAGCAGGAAUGAUUAAGGCGCCUGCGCAUAUAACAUGCAGUAACAGGGGUACUAGUAUUUAUCAUGUACAGGCCUACGGGGAUAUGAAUAACAAGAUUUUCGGUGUAAGGUUAGGAGAUACUCGUGUCCUUGUAAACACACUGCCUGUGUGACAUUAUUUACCGGAUUCAGUGAAGUGGUCUUUAUUGCAGGGAGAUUUCAGAGUGUUUAUUAUUUUCUUCACCCUCUGUAGAGUCAUAGAACAGGGAAGUUAGCAGUUUCACAAAUGUUUUGUCAUAACAAACAACCAUUUAUCCCACAGGUUUUUAUAGCCACCUCCAUUUUUUUAAAAACAUGUUAUAAUCUACCACCUCCUGACCAACCGCUUGUCAUUUUUAAGCACUUCUUGGGUUUGCCAAAAAUCCAAGAAAGAAAAAAGAGCAAACUUUUUGGAGGUGUAGUUGUCUACCCACUGACUAAAUCUCUCAUAGUUCCUCGACAACCCUCUUCUCUCCAACAGAGUCAGACAGGCAGGCAGACCUCCACCAACCCGAGUACAGACACAGACAUGGACCCGAUGGCCAGCAACGUGACCAACAAGACGGACCCUCGCUCCCUCAACUCCCGCGUCUUUAUCGGCAACCUCAACACCCUGCUAGUCACCAAGGCCGAUGUGGAGGCCAUCUUUUCCAAGUACGGCAAAGUCUUGGGCUGCUCCAUCCACAAGGGCUACGCCUUCGUCCAGUACGCCAAUGAGAGGAACGCCCGGGCCGCUGUGGUCAGUGAGGACGGCCGCAUGAUCGUGGGACAGGUGCUAGACAUCAACCUGGCAGGCGAGCCGAAACCUCACAGAUCGAAGACAGGGAAGCGUUCUGCAGGAGACAUGUACAGUUCAUCUGUUGAUUUGGACUAUGACUUUCAAAGAGAUUACUAUGAUAGGAUGUACUCCUACCAGCCCCGGGUGCCUCCUCCCCCUCCACCUCUGUCCCGUGCUGUCAUUCCCACAAAGCGUCCCAGGGUCAGUCUAAGUGGUGGAGGGAGCCGACGAACCAAAACCAGCUUCUCUUCCUCCAAGACCAGCCAGAGGACCUCCCGAGCGAUGAAGGUAGAUGAUCUGCAGACCAUCAAGAGAGAGCUCACACUGAUCAAACACAAGGUGGACUACCUGCUGGAGAGCCUAGAGUGCAUGGAAAAGGACCACAGCAAGAAAUCAGAGAUGAAGAGCUGCCAACCAGAACCAGGUGAGGUGUCCCCCCUCAACUCCUCCACCUCCAGCAAGAAAGAUGAGAGCCUGAAACGGGGCCUGAACGACUCAGACGAGGAGGGAGAUCUGCUGGAUGAUGAAGACGAGAUGAAAUGCAGAGGGAGAGAGGAGGAGGAGGAAGGCGAGCAGGAGGAAGGAGAGGACGACGGAGAUAGCACCAACGGAGACGAGUCCUAAACAUUACACAGGCACACGAACGCAUACAUACAUACAUAACACAGAUUGUGUUUGAGUGUAUCUCCACACCAGACUUGUACACAGUGGUCAUGUCAUAGCUGCUGAAUUGACUGGACAUUUAUAAACAGUGUAUUGUAGCUAUUGCUUUCUCUCUUACACACACACACACAUACACACAUUCAUAAAUAUGUCAAGUACUUGUUUCUGGAUUUUCCAAUUUUCUUUGAAGUUGGUAAUUUGAUUUUUCCUACUUUUUCUGACAUUCUUUUAUUCAACUUUUUUAUGGAUAUUUUCUGCCACGUGUAGAGAAAAUGCAAGUUCAGUUGAGGAUAAAUGCAACAUUGUAUAGCAUUGUAUGUUUUAAUUCAGGGCUGUAAGCCACUCCAGUGUAACAUUGACUGAGAAAUUGUUUUUUUAGAUGACCGUUUAGUUGAUGUAAAAAGAAAAAGAAAAGAAUAAUUGAACAAAUUACCACGUGGCAGUAGUUGAUAUGACAAGAUUUUCUCAAGUGCAACGGUUUGAAUUUAAGUCAGGCUUGAGACAAAAUACCAGACAUGGUACUACAGUCUAGGCUUGAAAAUGUAUAAGAUUUAAAAUAUAUUCCUGAUCUAGCUGCUGUACAGCUGCCUCCUAACCAGCAGGUGGCAGUGUAUCACAAUAACGGGCCACACAGGAGGACUUAUUUCUGUUACCCUUCUGCUUGUCAGAUAACAAGAGCAUGUAGAAAACCUCGCAUCAGGCUGCGCAAAUGCUGAGACAAAAUCCCCAUUGCUCUGAAAAAUAGUUUUGUUUGUCGCCGAGGUGUUGCAACCUGGAUUGAUCUUGACUAUGUAAUGCAGUGCUGUCCAUGUUUGUCGGUUUCUGUUGAUGUUUUGUUUGUCAUUCGACUGCACUAGUCAAAGUGAAUAAACAUGUUUUCCAAGUUG